AUGCUGUUUGAUGUUCCCUCGUGUGGAGCACGACAGGGAGGCGAAAUGGACGGCUAUGAUCACUUGUUUAAGCUUUUGCUGAUCGGAGAUGCUGGAGUCGGGAAGAGCAGUAUGCUACUUCGAUUUACGGACGACACAUUCGACGACAAUUUACAAAGCACAAUUGGUGUGGAUUUUAAGGUCAAGAUGAUGCAAGUGGACGGCAAGAAGAUCAAAAUGACCAUAUGGGACACUGCUGGUCAAGAACGCUUUCGUACUCUGACCAGUUCAUAUUACAGAGGCGCUCAGGGUAUCGUCUUGGUAUAUGACGUUGCCCGGCGAGACACUUUUGAAAAUUUAGACCUGUGGCUACAAGAGGUCGAAGUGUACAGUCCGGCUGGUGGUCGCGAUGUGGUGAAACUGCUUGUUGGCAACAAAAUUGAUAAGGAACGAGUGGUGACCCGUCGGGAGGCAGAAGACUGGGCGCGAUCUAAAGGGAUGCUGUUUGUUGAAAGCAGUGCUAAGACCAAAAUUGGUAUUCAGCAAGUGUUUAACGAAGUUGUGCAAAAGAUUCUCGAAAACCCUGCACUACUGUCUAAUACGGCGCCGCGCAGUCGCGGGCGAAAACUUGAUGGUAAAGCGGAGAAAAAUGGCAGCGCUGGCAACGGAUGCUGUUAG